UACUACUAUUGGUUGCCCAAAUAUGGUGCCAUUUCUAUGUGACUACUACUACUAAUACAACAAACCUAGCAAAUGAGCAAUUAAUAUUAGCCAUUUAAGCAUAUCUACUCUACUAAUGGAAUGUGCUUCUUCAUUUAUUGUUAAUCCGUUCAAGAUUAUGGCCUCUUCUUCCUUCAUCUUCCUUUGGUUCAUUCUUCUCUUUAAUGCUUCAAUAGCACAUGCAUUCACAGGCACAUAUGGGGUAAACUAUGGAAGAGUAUCAGACAAUAUCCCAUCACCCGAAGACGUCGUAAAACUUCUCAGGACAAACAAGAUCAAGAACAUCAGAAUCUACGACGCAGAUCACAGAGUUCUGAAUGCCUUUAAAGGUUCAGGGAUCGAAAUCAACGUAUGUCUUCCCAAUGAAUUACUCAAAGACAUGAGCAUGAACGAAGCUCUAGCUCUCGAAUGGAUAAAAUUGAACGUUCAACCGUUCCUCCCCGAUACCUCAAUCCGAGGUAUCGCGGUUGGAAAUGAGAUACUAGGUGGUGAUAUAGAAAUAUCAGAAGCUCUAGUCCCUGCUUGUAAAAAUGUGUACCGUGCACUUAAAAGGUUGCAGUUAGCAGAUUUAAUUGAAGUUUCAAGCCCACAUUCUGAAGCAGUUUUUAACAGCACUUAUCCACCUUCAGCUGGUGCAUUUAAGGAAAGUCUCAUGCCAUAUUUAGGACCACUAUUGCAUUUCUUUAACCAAAUUGGAUCACCUUUUUACAUAAAUGCAUAUCCAUUUUUGGCCUAUAAAUUUGACCCUAUUACAAUUAAUGUCAACUAUGCACUUUUUCAACCAAAUGCUGGAAUUGAUGAUCCAAAGACUAAAUUGCAUUAUGACAACAUGUUUGAUGCUAUGGUUGAUGCAUCUUAUGUUGCAUUAGAGAAACUUGGGUACAAGAAAAUGCCAGUUAUAGUGUCCGAGACAGGUUGGGCGUCGAAAGGGGAUGACAAUGAAGCGGGUGCGAAUGUUAAGAAUGCUAGAACUUAUAAUUUUAAUUUGCAUAAAAGAUUGAUGUUGAAGAAAGGUACACCUUAUAGGCCAAAAAUGGUGGUCAAAGGUUAUGUGUUUGCAUUGUUUAAUGAAAAUUUGAAACCUGGGCCAACCUCUGAGAGAAACUUUGGAUUGUUCAAUCAUGAUGGAAGUAUUGCUUAUGAUAUUGGAUUUAAAGGACUUGUGCCUUCUUCUGCAUCCUCAAAGGACUCUGUACUACGAGGGCAGUAUUGGAGUUCCAAAUCGUUAGUUCUUGUGGCAUGUGUGACAAUUCUGCUUCUGUUCACAGAACUAUGACCUAACAACAUUUGACAAGAAAUAGUUAUUUAAAAGUAUUGGAAGAAAUUGUUGCCCUCAAUUUGUAUGAAUAGUUUGCAGUUAAUUGAUCAAAUUGCCGUUCAUCACUAUUACCAGUUGAUUGAUGAUUGGUUGUCAAAAUAUGUUUUUUUGGCCACUUAAUGGCUAAUAACAUAUCGCGAUUGCCAUUUUUAUAGUUUAAUGGUAUUGAUGAUGAUAUCUUUGGCAUAAUAUAUGUUCGCUUGAA